AGCAUGCUUUCAUAUAUUCUGUUUGGAUUGUCAAAAUCUAGUAAAACAUGCUCAAUUUUUGCCUAUGCAGGAGAUUACUACCCAAGAAAAACAAGAACAAGAAGAGUUAAAAGAAAAAGUGAGGAACAUGUUGAUGGAAACUCUUGAUGACAGUACACAAAAACUAGUGUUGAUAGACACAAUUCAACGAUUGGGAGUAGCAUAUCAUUUCCAUAAUGAAAUUGAGACAUCCAUUAAAAACAUCUUUGAUACGACGAUGUCCCAACUGAAUGAUGACGGCCUUUACGUUGUUGCUCUUCGUUUUCGACUUGUGAGACAACAAGGCCAUUACAUGUCUCCUGAUGUGUUCGAGCAAUUUAUGGAGCAUGGUGGGAAAUUUAGGAAAACUCUUAACAAUGACGUCCAAGCAUUAUUAAGUUUGUAUGAAGCAGCACAUAUGAGAGUGCGCGGGGAGGAGAUCCUUGAAGAAGCUCUUACUUUUACAACUACUCAUCUUGAGUUCAUGAUCCCCAUCUCGAGCAACCCUCUCAAGGAUCAAAUUACUGAAGCCUUAAGCUACCCUAUGCGCAAAGCUAUACCAAGGUUGGGAGCAAGACAAUACAUAGACAUUUAUGAAAACAUAGAAUCACACAACCAUUUGCUUUUAAAAUUUUCCAAAUUGGAUUUUAACAUGCUGCAAAAACAGCAUCAAAGAGAGCUUAGCGAUCUUACAAGCUGGUGGAAAGAUUUGGAUCUCGCAAGCAAAGUGCCAUACGCAAGAGACAAAUUAGUGGAGGGUUACGCAUGGUCGUUGGGAUUAUAUUUCGAGCCACAGUAUAGUCGUGCGAGAAAAAUGUUAGUAAAAGUAUUCAAAAUGCUCUCAAUCUGCGAUGAUACAUAUGAUGCAUAUGCAACCUUUGACGAACUUGUACUUUUCACCGACGCAAUACAGAGAUGGGACGUAAGUGCCAUGGAUUCGUUGCCACCAUAUAUGAGACCAUUUUAUCAAGCCAUUCUCGACAUCUUUAAUGAAAUUGAAGAAGAAUUGACCAAAGAAGGUAAAUCAGACCGCGUCUACUAUGGCAGAUUUGAGAUGAAAAAGCUAGCAAGGGCCUAUUUUAAAGAAGCGGAAUGGUUAAAUGCUGGCUAUAUUCCAAAAUGUGACGAGUAUAUAAAAAAUGCAAUUGUAAGCACUACCUUCAUGGUGCUUGGAACAACUUCUUUGAUUGAUGAGGAACUCAUUACAAAAGACAUUUUUGAAUGGAUAACAAAUGCGCCUUCAAUUGUUCGUGCUUCAUCAACAAUCUGCAGAUUAAUGGACGAUAUUAGUGAUCAUGAAACUGACCAACAAAGAGGACACGUAGCUUCAAUUAUUGAAUGCUACAUGAAAGAAUAUGGAGCUUCAAAACAAGAAGCCUAUAUUAAGUUUCGGAAGGAAGUCAAGAAUGCAUGGGAAGACAUAAACAAGGCACUGCUAUGCCCUAUUGAGGCACCAACGUUUGUUCUCGAACGAAUUUUAAAUCUUGCACGCACAAUGGAUACUUUUUUCCAAGACGAAGAAGAUGGAUAUACAAAUUCCAAUUCCAAAUGUAAGGACAUUAUUACCUUGUUGCUUGUUGAUUCUAUCAAAAUAUGACGAUCAAUGAUGUGUACGCACUGUGUUGACCAAUCAUUUGGAGCAAAUGAGGAAACAUUUUGCAUAUUUACAUUAA